AUGCAACAAAGUGAAGCUUGUGAACAACCACGAAUGCAUCUUGUAAGUUACAUUCAUAAUGAAGCAGACAUUGAAUUGGAAGUUAAUGAAGAAGAUGUGGGAAAUGAUGGAGACUCGUUAAAUGCUGACGAGAUAUCCUCGAUUAAUUGUGAAUCAGACUGUGAAGUUGCAGAGACAAUCCAAGAAGAAGACGUGACUAUUGGAGAAGAAAAUGAUGAAACGAUUGAAGAUUCCCAACCAGACACUGAAAUCGUUGAAGCUCCAAAACUUGAUGCAAAUUGUCAUAAGAAAAGUGAAAGUGAAAAGCUUUCAAAAAUUGUAAGAAAAACUGUUAAAGAAAAUAAGAAAAAGCAAAAAUCUGAUGUCAAAAUAAGUUCAACGAAGGAUAAUGAAGUGAACGAUAAGCAGAUAAAUUUAAAAUCUCAGGAAGAGAAAAUGUGCCGUCAAAAAUCGUUUUUAUGUUUAAAAUUAGAAACAUUCGGUAAAAUUGUUGGUGUCAUUGAUUUUGUUUGGUAUUCAUUUGUUUUUACAAUCACAACAAUAAUUUUAAUUGUUCCUGAUGGACCUGGAGGCCUUCGACCACUGCUAAUUCUUAUUUUAUCUUCCUUUGCUAUCUACGCAAGUUAUGAACUUAUUGUUGCAAUUGAUACUCGAAAUCCUCACAUGAUGAAAAGCUACAGAAUAUUUGCCGUUUUGAUGAUAGUUUUGUCAUGUGCCUUGGUCGCUACAGUGAUUUUUGUUGCUCUAUACAUCUUUUACUAUGAUGAAUCUUCAGAUAAGAUGGAAAAACCGUUCAGAUUUCAUAAACGAGAAAACGAAGAAGAGUUUUCGGAAUCAAUCGACUUUGUUCUACUUCCAAUAAUUGCCGUUUUCCUUCUCCGUUUAACAAUAUACAUUUUUAUCAACUCGUUAUAUUUAAAAUUGAAAGAAGGUUGUUCAAUUUACCACAACCCAGAUAGCACUGAGUGUUGUACAACUGUUUAACAUGAAUAAAUAAUGAAAAUGUUGAAAAGG